ACGCGACGCAGUGCCGCAGUAUCCGCGGGCCCCGAAAUACUUACGGUCUGCUCUGGUUCGCGUCUGUUAUGUGCGUUAAUCGUCCGCACCGCCACCAGCACUACUCUGCCAGGGACGACACGCUUGGAACAUGUGGUCGAGAUGCGUCCUGAUAUUAGGGAUAUGUUACUUAACCGUAAAAGCUGGUGUUGCAGUUCGUCAUUUUGAAAACAGUUAUUCACAAGCUUACGAUUUUACUGAUCGACAUCAGUAUCAUAUAAAUCGGCCACCUAGACAAACUGUUCGAGAAACUUUUCACUUUCCUACUAGUGACAAUCAGGACCAUGCAGGAUAUAGYGAUGGUGCAUAUCCGGAAGAAGGUAGAAGCGCUAAAUCUGGUAGACGUGCCAAAUUGCCAGCCGAAUUUCAAGGACCUCUACCUGAGGAACAGACUGAAUAYCCACCUGUCGGUUCGGAAGAAGCUCGGUAUUUAUCUCCACAAGCCAUAGCCAAAAUUUCAGAAACACUUGGCGCUAUUAACACUGUAGGGAGAUACCUAGUUAAUUAUACAAGGGGAACCACAGAUGACAGACUUGACAGUCCAUCACAGAGUUAUCCAGUAAGUUUGCAGAAACAAGGUGACCUGCCAACCGCGAUAUUCACUAUCAGCAAGAACGUGCUUGGUCGAAAUAUGACUGACAUGGUGGUAAAGCCACUUGUAAGUCUGGGUUCAGGCAAGGUGGUAUCGCAGGACAAUCGACCGUGCACUACACCGGAUGGCUCUCAGGGAAACUGCGAAGAUCUUAGCAACUGCCCGCAGCUGUUGCUCAACUUAGGACAUCUUAGACAAUCUAUAUGCUUCAAGAAUCUGUUUGUGCCAGGCGUGUGUUGYCCAAAAAAGACAUCCGAACCAUUAGUUCCAGAAAAACCUUCAAAACCUGAACACUUUGUGACUCAAACUGCAGUCACUAGACCACCGAUAAAUACUCGGCCACCCUCUGCCACUCGACCWCCACCCGCCAAUAUAAUCACGUUGUCUACUAAAGCACCAAUACAAGUAGCAACAAAACCAACUACAAGUUUGGUGUCUUCUAAUACUAUUGAUGAAGAUUGUGGAAGACCUGAAGUACCAAAGUUCCGAGUAGUCGGAGGAGACGAAGCUUUGCCAGGUCGAUGGCCAUGGAUGGCUGCUAUAUUCUUACAUGGUCCAAGGAGAACUGAAUUUUGGUGUGGAGGCUCAUUAAUUGGACCUAGACAUAUUCUCACAGCUGCGCAUUGCACACGAGACAAUAGACAAAUGCCUUUUAAUGCCAGACAAUUUACAGUUCGACUGGGUGACGUAGACCUACGCAGAGAUGAUGAGCCUUCAUCUCCCGAAACAUACUAUGUUGUCGAAGUUCGUGGACAUAAUAAAUUUUCCAGAGUAGGUUUUUAUAAUGAUAUUGCAAUCCUCGUAUUAGAUAGACCUGUCAAAAGGAGCAAGUACACAAUACCUUUGUGUUUGCCUCCUAAAAGUUCUAAGUCAGAUACUUUUGUUGGACAGAGUCCAACAGUUGUAGGAUGGGGUACUACGUACUAUGGUGGUAAAGAGAGUACUGUACAAAGACAAGUUGAUCUUCCCGUAUGGAAUAAUAACGACUGUGACAGAACUUACUUCCAACCAAUUAAUGAAGACUUUAUUUGUGCAGGAUUGAAAGAAGGGGGAAAAGAUGCUUGUCAGGGAGAUUCUGGAGGUCCGUUAAUGCUAAAAAAAGAUGGUAGAUGGAUACAAAUCGGUAUAGUAUCAUUUGGUAACAAAUGUGGUGAACCUGGAUAUCCUGGCGUGUAUACGAGGGUUACUCGGUACUUGGAUUGGAUUAAUGAUAAUAUUAAUUGAUCAUAUUAUAAAAAAGCAUCAACGAUAAAAUAUGUAAAGUAAUGAACGAUAGGGUAAAUGCCAAACUUAUGUACCUAUAUUUAUACAAAUAUUUUUAAUAGAGAUUAUAUUAUAAGAUAUUCAUAACAUUUUU